AUGUCUGUUUGUUUAUGUGUAGGCGAGGACAGAUCUUCGCAGCAGUCGCAGCAGCCACCACCUCCGCCACCUGCCGCCGCUUUCCUGGCGACAUCAGCGAUGCAACAUCUACACAUGGGCAACCAUCACUUUCGGUCGUUUAUGGCAGAACACGACGCUCGUCUGAUGCAUGAAGCUGCUGCUAGGGCGAUGGAGCAGGUCGCCAAACGAGUUGAGGAAUCUGCGAGGUCGGCUAUGAACCAACAGCAGCAACAAUUGCAACAACAUCAAUUGCAACAACUGCAACAUCAUCAAAUGCAGCAGCAGCAGCAACAACAUAGACAGACACCAUCUUUCAAACAGGAAGAUGUUGGUUGCGGGCAACAACAGAAUGGUAGAAACAGUUUAACGCCAGUCAUGAACAAAAGAUUUUUUGAAGAGUCGGUCUUACAGUCAAGAUUCAACACCAAUAACAACAACAACAACAGCAACAACAACAACAGCAACAACAGCAGCAGCAGCAGCAACAUCACUAACAACAACUUGAAUGGUGUCGUUGGAAUGCUGCCCCAACCUUUCCUAUUAAACACACCCACAUUUUCUGGUCCACUGACGUCUAAAAUUAAAAUAACAAAUAACUCGAGGACAGAGCAGGAGAACUCGAUGACGGUCAGCAUGGAGAUCAAUGGAACGAUCUAUAACGGGGUUCUCUUCGCUAAUUCUCCCCCAGCAAUACACGCCUAA